ACAACAAAGGAGUUGUUAUGUAAAACCUUCCUCGAGUUAUCCUCGUAGAUCAGACCCAACGCGCGUCGACGAUCAUCUCAGCGCUAACAACGACAAACUAACGAAUGAAUUGCAGAUGACGAUGCAUACCACAGACCAGUCAUCAAACACAAGCUCGUGGCACUCCAUCCGUCCCUGGACGCCUCAUCUCAUCCUCUCAGUCCGUGAAAUCACAUCUGUAUCAGCGACUUUUAUUCUCUCUUCAACGCUCUCUCCACAGUCUGAAUCUGCCUUGAACGCAGAUAACGAAUCCUCGAUACCCGUAACCACGAACGCGAAUGCAGACCCAGACGCCAGCCCGGACAUAGAAACAGAACUAGAACUAGACGGGGAACUAGGAGGAGAAACAGAAGGGGAUACAGUAGGAGAUACCGCACGAGGAAUCAUCUCCGAAGCACUCUCAACAGGCCUCUCAGUAUCUGUCAACGGUUCCCCGUGGCAGCGCGUCCUCAUACGCCUCCUCGAGCCCGUAGACGAGGCUGUUAUCAUCAUAUACGGGCUCAUGCCUGGAAGGCAGUAUGAUAUCGAUCUGGGACUUGUACAGGAUGGAUUGGCAAGUUCUAUUAGGAGACAGGUCGUCACUGAAGAAGCGGAAGGUGCGAUUGAGAAUGGAAGAUUGGACGAAGGGACAAGUACUAGUUUUCUCCUCCCACCAUCAUCCUCAUCCUCAUCCUCUUCCGCAUCAUCAUCAUCCCUAAGCCUAUCAAUGUCAACCGCAACAACCGACUCAACCCCCCUCACCCACCCUCAACCGCGCUCCACAUCCCGUUCCACAACACCCACCCAAGAAGACCGUCUCCCCAAACUACAAACUACCCUCACGUCCCUCCAAACGCACAUCUCCGAGCUAACCACCACCCUCAAAUCCACGCGCAGAGACAGCCAAAAAGCAGACGCAGUGCUCAAAAACGAGAUCGAAGCUCUGAAUCGUGCUUCUGAAAAAGCGAGUGCUGCUGAGAGUAAGGCGAGGCAGCGCAUCAGGGCGCUUGAGGAUGCUAUGAGGAGGGCUAAUGAGGGGAGAGAGGAUGUUGAGAGGGAAAGAAGUGAACUUGAAGACUCUAGUCCUUCCUUGAGGAAACAAGUGCGCGAGAAGGAGGAGGAAUGUGAAGUUCUCAAAAAGGAGGCCUCUAAAGUGCGCAGGGAACGCGAGGCGAAGGAGGAAGUGAGGAGAAAACGUAUGGAGGGUGUUAAGAAUGAGAUCGGGAGCGUCGAGCAUAGGUUGGAGAGGCUUUCUGCGAGGCAGGAGAAGUUGGACGGGAUGGUGUUGAUUGAUCUAGAGAAGACGCUUAGGGAGGUUGAGAAGGAGAUACAGGAGGCUGAAGCGGAGGCUGACGCGGCUGGGGCGUAUAAUGCGACUAUUGGGAGAUCAAUGCAGAUGCAACCACCUGUGUCGCCUCCUCAAUAUCGGAGAUAUCAACCACGGACACCGGCAUAUCGAAUCGGGGAUGGCGCGCCUCCUGGACUUGGACUUGCUAAUCCGUAUGCGAGCUGUCACGCGUCCAGCUCUGGGUUUUCGCAUUCUACAAGUCCAUCACUGUCGCAUCCGAAUAUAUCGAUAUUAUCACAUUCGACCAGUUCUACAGUCUCGCAUGGUGGUAUGCUCCCUACUAGUUCUGCGUCUGGGUCUUCAACACUGUCGAGUAAGGCACCGCCUUUUGAACCAGCGCGCGGGUUUAGGUCUUCGUUUCCGCCGUUGAAACCUUCGUCUGGUAUUGCGCCGAUUCAGAGGCCUGUUGGGACGUUUUCGAGGGGUGGCGGGUGAUGAAAACAUUGGUGUGGUAUUCGUUGUAGCUUUGGGAAAGUCAAAUAUGUGCUUGGUGUUGGACGGGUCCAAACCUCAGUUUGUCCGGGAGUGCGAGGGUCAAUAUUUCAUUAUACUACAUAAUUACAAGUCAUCCAUACUCAUCCGCCACGGCGGUUUCUACUGGUACAAGUAAAAACGGAAUGGAUAUAACAUCAUGUUUGUUAUUCAGAAUCUUACGAGACUGUUGAUCAUAGCAGGCACACGGU